AUGAAAUUUUCAAUUUUUUUCCCAUUCCUUGUGGUGGCUGUCCUGCCACUCGUCAAAGUGCGGGGCCAGGCAAUACAACACAAUAACAUAAUUCCCUUUAUGUUACAAUUUUUGGCCGAUGGCCAGCGGGAUGAAAAUUUGGAAAAUAGUGACGACAAAAUAACCCUGCUCAAGGAAUACGAUUUUAUUGUGGUGGGUGCGGGAACGGCAGGAUGUGUAAUGGCUGCCAGGCUCUCCGAGAAUCCCCAAUGGAAGGUGUUACUACUGGAAGCUGGAGGCCCAGAACUUCUCGUUAUGGAUGUGCCCAUUUUCGCUCAUUUCCUGCAGCUAAAUCGUGAGAUAAAUUGGGCCUAUCGUACCGUACCCUCUAAGGAUUAUUGUUUGGGUUUGAAAAAUGGUCGCUGCAAUUUCCCACGUGGCAAGGUAAUGGGUGGUUCAUCCGUGCUCAAUUAUAUGAUGUAUACGCGAGGUAAUCGUCGAGAUUAUGAUACCUGGGCCGCGAUGGGUAAUGAGGGAUGGAGCUAUCGGGAUGUUUUGCCAUAUUUUAAAAAGCUGGAAGGUUCUGUGGUACCAGAAGCGGAUGCGGAGUACGUUGGGCGCCAGGGUCCCGUGAAGGUUUCAUGUCCCAAACGCCAUUCUCGUGUCGCCGAGGCUUUUGUCAAUGUUGGCCCCGAGGAUGGUACACCGCGCUGUGAUUAUAAUGGCAAGAAACAAUGCUGCUAUUCCUACAUACAAACCACCACAAAUCAGGAAUUUCGUUGGAGCUCCAAUCGUGCCUAUCUCUACCCGCUCAAAGGGAAACGCCCCAAUCUGCAUAUAAAGAAACGAGCCUUGGUGACGGAGAUUUUAAUUGACCCCGAAACUAAAACAGCCUAUGGGGUGAAAUUUGAAUCAAAUGGCCAAUCGUUUGUGGUAAGAGCUCGCCUCGAAGUCAUAUCCUCGGCAGGUGCGAUCAACACACCUCAACUGCUGAUGCUAUCGGGGGUGGGGCCAGCCAAACAUUUACGUGAAGUGGGUAUAGAACCUUUGGCAGAUCUGGCCGUCGGCUUUAAUCUACAAGAUCACUUUGCCCCCGCCCUGACCUUCUACACAAAUGUAUCUACCCUGAAAGUGGAACAAUUUUUCGAUGUCAAUGAAUUACUGCGCCUGCAAAGCCAUGACAGCAUGCUCUCGGUGCCAGGAGGUGUGGAAGCCAUAGCAUUUUAUGAUUUAGAUCAUCCCACCGAACCGGAUGGUUGGCCGGAUAUGGAACUCUUCCUGGCAAGUGGUGGUCUCCACACCAACCCAGCCACCCAGAGGGCCUUUGGUGUCCGCGACGAUAUCUAUCACAAAAUGUACGAUGACAUUGUGCGCAGGGAUGAUGAUGUUUUCCUAAUCUUCCCCAUGAUCCUGCAACCGCGAAGCCGGGGACGCAUAAUGCUCAAGAGUAAAGAUCCCAAAAAAUAUCCUCUCAUUUAUCCGAAUUAUUUUAAGGACCCCUACGAUUUGGACAUAACCGUAAGGGGUCUACAGAAAUGCAUUGAACUCACCAAACAUCCUUCGAUGAGGCGAAUCAAUGCCAGGGUAUUGGAUAAACCCAUACCUCAAUGUCAGAAAUAUGGUUCGGUUACCUCUCGCGAAUAUUUGGAAUGUUAUGCGAGAUAUUUUACCUUUACAAUUUAUCAUCAAUCGGGUACAGCGAAAAUGGGACCAAAGUCUGAUCGUACAGCUGUGGUGGAUGCAAGAUUGAGGGUUUAUGGUAUACGAAAUUUGCGUGUGGUCGAUGCCAGUAUUAUGCCCAAAAUUGUUGCCGGACAUCCAAAUGGUCCGGUAUUUAUGAUUGCCGAGAAGGCAGCGGAUAUGAUUAAGCAAGAUCAUGGAUAUUUAUAG